AUGCCUGGUCAGAUAAGCAGGCAGAGUAACUGGAGUAGAGUGUGCAGUGUAGACGUGUGGCAGAGAAGUAACUUGCUAGUGAUCAUGGAGGUGGAGACGAGGAGUGGUGGCAGCAGCGCCAGCGAGGGCAGAUGGUCGCAGUCUGGAACGUCGCUCCCUGUCAGGAACGUCCAGGCUCUGGCGGGGUCGGCCGCCGAGCUGACGGCCGACACCAUCCAACGGUACAUCCAGCCGGGCGUCGACGGGGACACGGUUCUCGCCGAGCACUCUGAUGAGGUUCCGGUGAUCGACCUCGGCAAGCUCCUGGACGCCGAGUCCGUGGAAGCGGAGGCCGCCAAGCUCAGAUUUGCCUGUGAGGACUGGGGCUUCUUCCAGGUCGUAAAUCAUGGAAUACCAAUUGAGGUCAUCGCGGGUAUAAAGCACGACAUUCAGAAGUUCUUUCAGCUGCCCCUUGAAGUUAAGAAUGCAUAUGCGCAACGAGUAGGAGAUCUUCAAGGUUAUGGUCAAGCGUUUGUUCUCUCGGAUGAUCAAAAGCUAGAUUGGUCAGACAUGUUUGGCCUCUUUUCGCAGCCACCUCAGGCCCGAGAUAUGAGUUACUGGCCAAACCAGCCUCCUAAUUUCAGGAAUUCUAUUGAAGACUACUCUUCCGAGUUGAUGAAACUCAGUCAUUCUCUUGCCACCUUUAUUGCCAAAACAAUAGGUGUUGAUCCUGAAUUAAUGGAAGACAAGCAUGUGGGCCAGUUUCUGAGAAUGAACUACUACCCUCCAUGCACAACCACACCCGAAAAGGUUUUAGGUUUCUCACCGCAUUCUGAUGGAUCUUUUAUAACUAUCCUGCUAGAAGUGAAUGCAGUUCAAGGCCUACAAAUUAGAAGGCAUGGUGCAUGGAUCCUAGUAAAACCACGGGGUGAUGCAUUGUUGGUAAAUGUGGGUGACUUCCUUGAGAUUAUGGCAAAUGGGAAGUAUAAGAGCAUUGAGCAUAGGGUCACCAUAAAUGCCCAGAAGGAGCGACUAUCCAUAUCAGCAUUUCAAGUUCCAAAGUACGAUGGAAUAAUUUCACCAGUCUUGGGCAGUACCGAAGAGAAGGUGUUAUACAAGACAAUGAGAGUAGAAGAGUAUGCAAGACUUUAUUUGUCAAACAAACCAGAUGGAAAGAGAACCCUUGAUUAUGCUAAGUUAUCCCAAAUAUAA